AUGUGGCCAUUGCUGCUAAUAUUGUUAUGGAGGUCCGGUGAAGGCAAGUCCUUUAUCAGCCAGCCGCUCACGACCAGUCUCUGGAGCCAGGUCAGGCGCAGCAACACCCAAUCCGAUCUCAUCGUGCCCAGUUUGUGUAGCCUUCCCUGUGACCGUGUGUUUCAUGCGCAGCGAUACGGUAACACAAGUGAUUGUCUAUGCGAAUGCCCUGAGGAAACGCCGAUCUUUCUUCAGACGUUAGGGCAGUGCAUUCAAAGAAUAGGUAAUUAGAUACUUAAUUACGCUUGCUGUUAAUGACAUUGGCUUUUGUUGAUUUUACAAAGAAACUCCAUUAAAAUUUUAAAAACAUAAAUGUUCAUUAUAUAUAUCUUGGUUAAUUUCAGAAGCCUGUGCGCGGACAGUCAAAUUCAGUGAAUCGGAUAUUCCGGUGAUCGAACUCCCAAAACGGUUAUCUAAAAUCAAUUUCGAGAAUAAAGUGUUGUGGAAAGGUAAACAAACAUUACUCUUUACAUUUCUCAUAACUCGCCUUUGCUCUCUGUUACAGUAAACUGUCUUCUUCUUAUUGAGUUUCAUUUAUUCACAAUGUCGUUUAGAAAGCGGAAUAAAGAUCAAAGCAAAUUCUGGAGCCAGAUGCAAUGUGACUUCAGUGCAAUACCUCAGCCUCGACCAAAGUUGGAUCGAGCUCAGUCCGGAUAUUAUAUAUCCGAGUUGGGAUAAGGAGGCCGUUUUUCGUGUAAGAUUUAUCUAAUUUGAUGUACUUGUAGUGAAUUUACAAUCAGUGAGAUCAAGUUUGUAUGAAGUUAACAUAAUAUCAAUUUCAGUGGAAUGGCACAGCUUCUGAUAACAACUUGUUAGAAGGCAGUCUGGUACUAGUCAAUUUGAACUGUUUUGGUACUCUCAAGGACGCACAUUGUCUCACAUUUAGAGUAAAUGGUGUUUUAGGCAAGGUUUUAUAUUAAUUAUAUUUUCCGUAGUACGCUUGAAAAAGAUGUUUUACUAUAACUUUAAACUCUUGAUUUUAGGAAAGAAUACAAAAUUGAAUUUUUGAAAUUCUACAAUAACGUAUUUUUAGAUAACAGCAGCCAAGAGGACGAACCCAAAAGUAACCGCGCAGAAAUAUUUAUUAUUAUACUACUGAUUACUUUACUGUUGUUGACGAUAGCCGGCGCUGUCGUAUUAUGGAAUGUUUGUUGGAAAAUGAAGAAGAACCAGCUGAUCACAGGGUUACAGCUGCAGUUCUUGUAUCGCCUCAAGCAGGAGAAAGACAUGGCAGAAGCGGCACAGCAUUAUCAAGCCUUGGCCAAUGCUGCGUUGAAUAACGAACACCAGAAAGAAGACCAAGCCAAUCCGAACAGAGCCCACAUACUGGCCAAAAGGAAACUUUUCUUUUCUCCAGGUAAGUUGUAUGUUAUAGGUUAAAUUAACUUUACUCAAGCAUGUUUUGUCUUAUAAAUCAAAAAACAUUUAGAAAUUUAACGUAUUAUAUUUUUACUUUCAGAAUUUUUCGAAGAAGAACACAUGAAGUCACCUCCUCCGAUGGCUGAUCAAUUUCUUCUAGAUCUACGCAGAAUGGUUAAAAUAGCCCGACAACGUAUACAGCAGCAAAGGCAUGUCCCCAGCCUCUCUACCAUAAAAGAAGAACCACCAGAAUUGUUUGAGCCAUACAUGAAGAUGGCUAGAAAACAAGAAAAAACAAAGGCUGUGGUUACCGAAAAAGAACCAGCCAAGUUAACUGACCAGGUGAACAGUCUUAAUAAUAACACCAUUGUUAAUUCUUCAACAGAUGCUGCUCAAGAAACCAAAGAAAACACCGUACCAUCGCCUGAAGUGCAACCUCCGACCAUAAAGCGGAACAAGUCACAAAGUAGAAUCCCUGUCAACAACAAGUACAAGACAAAGUCUCCCAAACUCAACCCCAAGUUCAUAAUACCGACCACAAGUCCUGUGAUGGACAGUCCUCCCCCUCUACCUCCUCGCAACCCACCUCCACCCAUACCCUCAAAGUACCGGUCCAAAGAAUCUAGUCCUCCAGACCGCUAUGCCAUUUUCCCCUCCGAACUAUCGCUAAAAAAGUCGUUGCCACGCCGAAAUCGAAAGUUCGACGAACGUGUCAUCGCGAAUGAAGUGUAA